AAGUCGGCGGCGGCACAGUGAUUACAUGGGCAUGAUCGUGUUGAGGUCAUGUGAUCAUUUUCGUCCUUCCGCUUUGAGAAGUUGCUGCGCGUGCUGUUUGGGACAUUGGCAAUCGUGCACACGUUCGACCAGCUUCGUUCUGCACAUCCAUCAUGAAGAUCGAGCUCUGCAACUUCUCCGGGUUCAAGAUCUACCCAGGUCAUGGGAAGGUUUUCGUGAAGGGCGACAGCCGCACCUACCGUUUCAUUAACGGCAAGUGCGAGUCGUACUUCAUGCAGCGCUUGAAGCCUUCCAAGCUUGACUGGACGGUAGUGUUCCGUCGUCUCCACAAGAAGGGUAUCACUGAAGAGGUCUCCAAGAAGAGGACCCGUCGUACCGUCAAGGCCCAACGUGCUGUUGUUGGUGCCUCUUUGGAAGCCAUCAAGGCCAAGCGUGCCCAAAAGCCUGAGGUCCGUGCAGCACAGCGUCAACAAGCCCUUCGUCAAGCCAAGGAGAAGAAGCAAGCUGACGAGCAGAAGAAGAAGGUUGAGAAGGCCAAGUCCUCUUCUACCCGCGCCGCGCAACCCAAGCCCAAGUUCAGCAAGCAACAAGUGAAGGGUGCCGCACCCAAGGUCAAGGCUACCUCUCGUUAAGCGGUUCAAUUUUAAGGGGUCAUGCGUGGGGUGAUGGACUGCACCUGUAUUAUAUUUACCGUAGUCGCAUGUGGUCCGUUAAUUUUGUUGCUGCGGAACAGAGGCGGUUUGUGAUCAUAGUAUGUGGGCGACAAUGAAUGUCAGUGCCAACUUAUCAUUCGUAUUUUUUGGUUGAUGAUCCAUCACGGGCUACCCGUAGCACUGUGG